AUGGCGGCCGCAACUGUCCUGCUGGCAGCCAUACUGGUGCUGUCCCUGUCCUACUGCUGUGCGGCGUCCGCCGCCACCACCGUGACGGCGGCGGCGGAGUCGGACCGCAUCGACAGGCUGCCGGGCCAGCCGCCGGUCAACUUCUCCAUGUACUCCGGCUACGUCACGGUCGACGCCGCCGCGGGGCGGGCGCUCUUCUACUGGCUCAUGGAAGCCUCCGGCGUGCCGGCGGACUCGGCGCCGCUCGUGCUCUGGCUCAAUGGCGGGCCCGGGUGCUCCUCUGUCGGCUACGGCGCUAUGGAGGAGCUCGGCGCCUUCCGCGUCAACCCCGACGGCGAGACGCUCUCCUUGAACCCCUACGCCUGGAACAAAGUGGCGAACGUGCUGUUCUUGGACUCGCCAGCCGGCGUCGGCUACUCCUACACCAACACCACCAACGAUCUGUACUCUGCCGGUGACAACAAGACAGCUCAUGACUCCUAUGCUUUCUUGAUAAAUUGGUUGGAGCGGUUCCCGCAGUAUAAGUAUCGUGAUUUCUACAUCGCUGGAGAGAGCUAUGCAGGCCACUAUGUCCCUCAACUGUCUCAGGUAGUGUACCGAAGCAACAAAGGAAUUGAAAAUCCAACCUUAAACUUCAAAGGCUUCAUGGUUGGAAAUGCGGUAAUUGACGAUUACCAUGACUACAAGGGCACAUUUGAGUAUUGGUGGACGCAUGGGCUUAUCUCCGAUGAAACUUAUGUGAAGUUGUGGGAGGCUUGUAAAUAUGAUGUGUCUGAGCACCCCUCUAAGGAAUGUCAAAAAAUCUCUGAAGUUGCCGAGGCUGAGCAAGGGAAUAUUGAUUUAUACAGCAUCUACACGCCUACUUGUAAUAAGACUUCAUUGCAUAAGCGCAGGCAAAUAAGGGGAAGAAUGCCCUGGUUGCCCAGAGGAUAUGAUCCCUGCACCGAACUGUACUUCACAAACUACUACAACUUACCCGAGGUGCAGGAAGCUUUCCAUGCCAAUGUUACUGGAAUACCAUAUGCGUGGAUAGGCUGCAGUGACCCAAUAUAUGAAUAUUGGAAAGAUUCACCAGGGUCCAUGCUUCCUAUUUACCGUGAACUUAUCUCGGCGGGCCUAGGGAUAUGGGUCUUCAGCGGCGACACAGACUCUGUCGUCCCCCUCACUGCUUCAAGAUACUCCAUUGAUGCGCUAUCUCUACCAACGAUCACAAAGUGGUAUCCUUGGUACUACGACGAAGAGGUUGGUGGAUGGUGCCAAGUGUAUGAGGGUUUGACUCUGGUGACGGUCCGAGGUGCAGGUCAUGAGGUUCCCCUCCACCGUCCACGGCAGGCCCUGAAGCUCUUUGAGCACUUCCUACGAGACGUGCCCAUGCCCAAGCCUGUUGAGAGUGUCCAGUCAUACUAG